AUGCUGGCCCACACAGCCCAAGCCCUCACACACACCCUCAUCCUCCUCUUAGCCAUAUCCAGCGCCGUCGGCCAUGGAGUGUACCUCUCUGCCUUGCUUGAUCUCGUCGAGCCCGGUCCAUCGGCCAUCAUCUCCGGCGCCCUAAUCGGCUGGCUCGUCGCUCUCAUCCUCUACCUCAUCUCAGCCAUGUUGGCGCCCAAGAACUCGCGUUUCAUCCGGACUCUUACAGACGUCAUCCUCCUCCUCGUCUUCGCGGCAAUCGGUGCGGGAGGCACAGCAUACCUCGCCAUCAUGCACUGGACGCACCUCGACGUCUGCCAUAGACGGAUCGGACAGGCGUGCGAGGCGUCGCUGGCUGGCGGCGUGAUUGGCGCUGUUGUUGUUGUGGCUCUCGUCGCCUCAGCCAUCACCGAGGCAGUGUACGUCUCCAAGCAUCACGGCAGGGAGGGGUGGUUCCUCUCUCUCCGCUGUUUGGGCCAGGACACAGCCAACGUCGAAGCCCUCCGUCCACUAGUCCUCCCCCUUCAAAUGCCCCGCAAGGCGCGCCAGGGCGCCUUUGUCCCCAUCAUCGUCACUGCAAGUCGCAGAUCAAAGGAAUACGAGGACCUAGCCCUCGUCUCGCCAGGUGCACCCCCUCUCCGGGUCAUGAACCGCAGCAGCUCCGAUACGCUCCGCUCUUUCCACUCUGGUCGCUCUGCUCAGUCGACGAAACCGCGAUCCACAACUGGACGUAGGCGGAGUGGAUCGGCAUCCUCCAUCACCUCGAUGUUUAGCAAGAAACGCACGCCGUCCGUGUUUAGCCAGGCUUCGAGUUCGCGGAAUAGCGAGGAGGCAGCACCCCUUGUUGGCAACGUUGGUGAUGACCCGUUCGCUCGCUCGCCACGGCCGAUGAGCGAUCGCGUUGAAGAACUUGACGAUAAGGCGUCACUGCGCUCGGUUCGUGUCAAUCCCCAGACUCGGAAGCGAGGGGGCGUCGCGCUCAAUGCGUGGCCUUGGCGACCAGAGUCGACGGUUAGUAACGUGGAGGCCGGAACGGCCGUAUAG